AUGUCGAAUGCUCCGGUUUUUUUCGAGGAGAGAUCUUAUUGCACUUAUAUUCGUCAGCCACUUCUUCACAGCCAUUGUCGCUCUAUCCUGUCGUGGUUCUUCUACAUGGCUUGGUUUGAAUGGGAUUACUUGUCUCCAAUCAAUCUCAUUGAAACAUACCGUCACUUAGUUGUACUUGGAACUGGCCUUGCAUUUGGAUUUGUAGUGGGAAGAAUGAUCCUUGCUCACUUGUGCGAUGAGCCGAAAGGACUGAAAACAAUCAUGUGCUUGUUUCUAGUCUAUCUUCCCUUUGCACUUGCAAACGCUUUAACCGCAAGAUUGAAUGCUGGGAGAAGCACUUAUAAAAAGUAUAAGUUCGGCUUCGACAUUGACGAAAGGAAGGCAAACACCAUUCAGAAACAACUUUUAACAUUGGAAUAA